GUGGGGGGAGGGGCUGUUGUGGUGGUGGUCGCCAUGGAGACCGCGCCGGUGGCGUUGCACUCGAAGUGCACCCAGCCUGGCACCGCCACUCAGUGGUGACUGGCCCAUGGACGAGUCCCUGCACAGGAUGGUGCUGGAGGGCCACACUGCCGCCCUGCGCCGCCUGGCGGACGCCGUUGCCGUGCCCACCGGGCCCACCGGGGCCACCGUGCCCACCGGGGCCACCGGGGCUGUGCCCACCGUGCCCGCCGUGCCCGCCGUGCCCACCGGGCCCACCGGGGCCGCGUGCGUCCGCGACGGCCACGGCAAGUCGCCCCUCGACCUCGCGGCCAUCUUGGGGCGCGACGACGUCAUAGCCCAGCUGCUGAGGCUGGGGGCGGAGCCUAAUGCGCGCAGCACGAGGGGCUACUCUGCACUCCACCACGCCGCGCUGUGGGGCCGUCCCCGCUGCGUCUCUGCGCUGCUUCGAGCAGGCGCCGACCCCUCGGCUCGCAGCUUCAGCGGCGAGACCCCUCGCGGGGCCGGCAGCAGGCUGAGACACGAAGCCUGCACCCGGCCGCUCCUCACUGCCGAGCUGAAGCAAGCUCUGCUGCUGCGCGUCUCAGAGAUUGAGUCGCUGGUUCAGAAUCCUCAGCAGUGUCACGUGAGGCUUAGCAAGGAAGACAAGCGCUUCCUCCAAGGAGCGUGUGUGUCUCGCCGGGAGUGGCUCCGCGUCUCUGCGGACGCAGCGAGUGAUGGGGGACUGCGAGAGCAGAAGCAGAGUCUGGAGGAGGCCCUUGACUCCAUCCUCAGCCGGCCCACCAACCCCUCCGUGUCUUCCAGACAGAGUGCCAAGAGGCGGUAGAAGAUUCCUCACCAAAAUCUGCUCACCACUGUCUCCUCACCACCACACACAGACAAAGCUCCCCCAUGUAGCCUCAUUCACUCUCCCACCCACUCACCCACUCACUCAUUCACUUACUCAUUCACUCUCCGACCCACUCACCCACUCACUCAUUC